AUCGUCCCCAUUAAUAUCAUGCUUUACUCUUAACCAAUCAUAUCAGGGUACAUAGUUCCUCAUUAAUAUUCAUAGUAUAACGAUCCAAUCACCCAGCUUCAGAAGUUCAAUAUUGACGCUCAAAUGAUUGAUUCUGUGUCUUUCUGAUCCCAGCUAUCAUUGCACCGGUAAACCUUCGAGCCAAGAACAUAAAUUCGUUCCAACAGAAAGGCCGAACGAUAUGACUUCACCAGGUGGAAAAUUGGACACGAUAUACGUUUCUGAGAAGACCGGAAACGAUGGAAGCGGCGAUGGAACUGAGCAAAAACCGUUUCAAACCCUCCUUCAGGCGAUGAAAGCAGCCGGUGGGGAGCCUUUCCCGAAGUUUAUGGGAGACGGGAAGACAGCAGGACAGAAAUGGGAAGAAAUACCUUUAGCUCAGAGGAAGAAGAUUGCAAAAUUGGUUGCCAAGGAUCAAAGAAAGACAGCGGAGAGCGACGCGAAAGAGGAGGAGGAUGCACAGAAGCGCCAGAAAAAUCUUGAAGAAGCUAAGAAGAUCACUAUCAAAGAAGACCCAGCAUUGCCCUCGGCCAAAUUGAUCAAAAUCAUGGAUGCCUCUUCUAAUCUCGGUCAACGUAUCAAAAUAAAUGGAUGGGUGCAUCGGCUGAGACGACAAGGUAAAGCCUUGAUUUUCGUUAUUCUGCGUGAUGGAACUGGCUUUCUACAGGCUUUGCUUACAGACAGAUUGUGCCAAACCUACGAUGCCUUGAUUCUAUCUACGGAGAGUACUGUAACUUUGUAUGGAAUUUUAAAAUCAGUUCCAGAAGGAAAAGAGGCACCAGGUGGACUUGAGUUGGUUGUGGAUUAUUGGACUCUGAUGGGUGUUGCCCCGGCGGGGGGUGCUGAAAAUAUUGUCAAUGAGGAGUCCCACAUCGACGUCCAGUUGGACCAACGACACAUGAUGAUGAGAGGAGAAACUCUCUCAAAGAUCAUGCGGGUGAGAUCUGUAGUUACCCAAUGCUUCAGAGAUCACUAUUUCAGCCGUGGAUACACAGAGAUGUUCCCACCAACGUUGGUGCAGACACAGGUCGAAGGGGGGUCCACCCUUUUCAAGUUGAAGUUCUUUGGAGAAGAGGCAUUCUUGACCCAAUCGUCUCAACUCUACCUGGAAACAGCCAUCCCCUCGAUGGGAGAUGUUUUCUGUAUCGCGCAGUCCUACCGAGCAGAACAGUCACGAACACGCAGACAUCUGGCAGAAUAUACCCACGUGGAAGCAGAAUGCCCCUUCAUCUCAUUCGAUGGUCUACUGGAAAGGCUGGAGGAUUUGGUUUGUGAUACUGUGAAACGUACCAUGGAAUCACCUGUAGCUGAUAUCAUCAGGGAAUUCAAUCCAGAUUUCAAGCUUCUGAAACGCCCCUUCAAGAGGAUGAACUAUACCGAAGCUAUUGAAUAUCUGAAAGCUCAUGAAAUCAGGAAAGACGAUGGAACAUUCUAUGAAUUUGGAGAUGAUAUUCCCGAGGCACCAGAAAGAAAAAUGACCGAUCAGAUUGGAGAGCCAAUAUUCCUUUGCCGAUUCCCAGCACCGAUCAAGUCGUUCUACAUGCCCAGAUGCCCAAAGGAUAACAGAGUCACCGAGUCUGUUGAUCUUCUUAUCCCAAACGUUGGUGAGGUCAUCGGGGGAUCGAUGAGGAUCUGGGAUUAUGAUGAACUCCUUGCCGGCUACAAACGUGAGGGAAUCGAUCCAACCCCAUACUACUGGUACACUGACCAGAGGAAGUUUGGAACUUGUCCCCAUGGAGGAUAUGGCUUGGGCCUCGAGCGAUUCCUCACAUGGUUCCUCAACCGACAUCACAUCAGGGAUGUCUGCUUCUACCCUCGCUUCACAGGCAGAUGUACUCCAUAACUACCAACGUGGAUCCUAUAACCAUGUUAACAAAUAAAAUGGGCCUUUACUUAUCUAGACUAGAGGAUCUCUGUAUGAAUUAUAUAAUAGAGAUAACUCUUUUUAUUUUUCUAUUUAUGAGUUUUAUUGGUUUUACAAUCACAAACAUAAUCACAAUAUUUACAUAUUAUUGGUAUAAUUAAUGGGGAAAACAAGGUAACAACAAGGUAAUAAAAGCAGUAAUAAUACAACAUGAAAAAGUGACAAGAAGAACAUAAUUUUUGUUUAAAAAAGAUGAAUAGAGAUAACUCUUGAUGUGAACCGUUCUGUGUUCACGAUCGACAUUAUAUCUAUCCAAGGCAAUAUAGCGUAAUGGGCCAAAAAGAUGCGGGGCACAACAUGGCGGAUAUGGAGCAAAAUUGGUAAAAGUCGCAAAAGAGCCAGAAUUUUGACCUGUUUGAAAUCAAAAUCUAACUUUGUGAUAGAUUUUGACACAAUAUUAAGAAAACAGUGUCAUAUAAGUUUUAUUUUCAUUUUUUCAUUUUUUCAUUUUUUUUUUUUUGGGGGGGGGGGGGGGGGCUUGGUCGUAAAACUGUCGGGUCCAACCAUCGAGACAUAUCGAUUGGUCCAACCCGCCCUCCAUCUAUGAAAGCCAGUGAUUCAAGGUCAACAAACAUCAUUUUGUUUUCAAUAGACACUUCGUACAAAAGGUCAGAGGUCCAUGUCGAAACUUGAGGCCUAUAUUAAGCUUAGAAGGAAUGGGCUAAUUAAUAAGCACGUUCCCAAAGUGUGGUAUGUGUGUUUAUUCAUGCUAUCGCAUAUUAAACUAAAUAAACCUAUCGAUUAGCAUCUUCAUAAAUUGCAUUUUUUACAAAUAAAAUUCUUUUCAUUUUUUAUACUUGUACAUUUUAGGCACCAUCUCAUAGUUUGUAUACCAACAGAUAUUAUAUGUCGGUAUCGUUUUAUGUUUAUUUUUUUAAAUAAUAUUUAAUGUUUUGAAAAUCUUUACGAUAUUCAGAAUGAAAAGUAAGAUAUUGUGAUAGCAUAAUUUUACGGUCAAUAUCAUGAACAUUAUAUCUAGUUCAAAGUGCAAACGUGUCAUUUUACUUUCGGAUGAAUUCUCAGACUUUCCUAAAUACUUUAACUUACGUUGAUCUGCUUAAGUUUUCCCACUGGGAACAAGAAUAAGAAUAAUAUUUUUGAAAUGUUAUUAGUUCGUAAAUGCAUAAUUUGUUGUAAAAAAAAGAACACUGUAUGUUUUUUUUAAAUGAAAAGAAAUUUAAUUGAGAAAUUUAAUAAUUUCGGUUCUGUUGUAUGAAUAUUGUAAUUCCAGGAUUUGAGUUUUGAAAAAAAAUAACCACGUUCAUUGUAGAAAGCGAUAAACAACAAUUACGCUAUGCAAUUAUAUUUCUGUGUGUGUGGUUAUUUGCAUACCUAUUAAAGUUUUAUCAAAUUAUUUUCAUUCAUCAUCGAAUUAUGAACCAGUUUCUGACCAACAAUAAGUCAUUUAUUGCAUCUAUAACCAAUCAUCGUUACCAAGAGUGUGGACUAGUUAAAGUCUUAUAGACCUACAGUACGCGGUCAAUUGGAGGUGCACACCAUUUUUUAUUAUUAGUAUUAGUUGUAUCAGUUGUGUCUUUUUUUUCCAAGUAUAAACCAUUGCGCUUGGAAACACACUAUAUAAGCGCCUUAUAAAUGUUAUGUAUAAGGAGAAUGUAACCUUUGGAACAAGAUAGCUUGUGUGAAAACAGAAAAAUCAAAGAAACAGAUCAACGAAAGUUUGAGAAAAAUCGGACAAAUAAUGAGAAAGUUAUGAGCAUUUAAAUAUUGCAAUCACUAAUGCUAUGGUGAUCCUCACAUUGGCAAUGCGACAAAGAUGUGUGAUGUCACUUGUGAACAACUCUCCCCAUUACUUUAGCCUAUAUUUCACUUUAACUGCCUCCUUUAUCACAUCUACCAGUAGAUCACGCGUUCUUUCUAUAGAAGGGCAUGUAAUACAGAUUUUCAAAGAAUACAUUAUGGAUAAAGAGUCAGUAUCACCAUGAGAAAUAGCAAAAAGAGACGUUUUGGGGGCAUUUUAUAGUCCACCAAAGGGAAAGUUGUUCACAUGUGACAUCAUAUAUCCUUGUCGCAUUGCCAAUGGGAGGAUCUCCAUAUCAUUAGUGAUUGCAAUAUUUAAAUGCUCAUAACUUUCUCAUUAUUCAUCCGUUUUUUUUUCUCAAACUUUCUUUGUUCUUAUUUGAUGAUUUUUCUGUUUCGAUACAAGUCUACUUGUUCCAAAAGUCUCAUUCCCCUUUAAACAUGACUCUUUCCUUCAUGGUUAAUAUUGAGUGUUUUAUAUGCUUGUACAACAUUUUGUCUUGAUUUUAUGUUUUCUAUUG